GUUCUCGUAGUAACCAAUAAACGCGGAAGUUGUUUUGACUGGCUACACUGGGGUACAGUGUAAUGUAUUCCGGUUGUUUGAGGCGUAUAAAUUGUACACUGCAGUGUUUGUCAGCCGCAAUUGAAUGUAAUGAGUAAAAUUAUGCAUUAGUUUCUAGCUAACUCUUGAUUACCGUUUACGUGCAGUGAGGCAUUAUAAAGAAGACAAAAAGAGAAAAUGAAAGUCCGUUCCUCCGCAUUUGCGUCGUUCAUCUUAAUAUUUGAGGUUUUGGGGGUUGCCCUAUUCCUGAGGGGAUUUUUCCCUGUACCUGUCAAGUCUUCGUCGUCCAGGAGCAGGCUCCAAGACCUACCUGCGGAGCCGCUGUCAGGAUCCUCGCCCAAUGGGUCUUAUAUCCCGCAGCCCUUGUUCAAAAGGGUGGUGAUCAUGUUAAUCGAUGCUUUGCGGGAGGAUUUUGUGUUCGGGGCUCAUGGUCGCAAGUCCAUGCCCUACACGAGACACUUGGUGGAAAGAGGCUCAACACUGAGCUUUGUGGCUAAAGCUAGAAGUCCAACUGUCACUUUGCCCAGGAUAAAGGCUCUUACCACUGGCAGUAUCCCGGGUUUCAUCGAUGUGCUGAUGAAUCUUAAUUCCCCUGCCUUAUUGGAAGACAAUCUUAUUUGGCAGGCCAAAACUGCGGGGAAAAAAGUGAUCUUUUAUGGGGAUGAAACUUGGGUGCGACUGUUUCCCAAGCACUUCAUGGAGUAUGAUGGCACACUUUCUUUUGUGUCUGACUACACCGAGGCUGACAACAAUGUGACUCGCCACUUGGAUAGCACGCUCAAGAGAGAUGACUGGGAUAUUCUGAUCCUCCACUACCUCGGCCUUGACCAUAUUGGUCAUAUUAGCGGACCCCACAGCUCUCUGAUUCAGCCCAAACUUUUAGAGAUGGAUGAUAUUCUGAAGAAAAUCCAUGGUUUGCUCAUUUCAAAGGAAGCAGAAGGAUCUUUGCCCUAUCUGCUGGUGCUGUGUGCGGAUCAUGGCAUGUCAGAGACUGGUAGCCACGGAGGCUCCUCAGAACCAGAAAUCAAGACACCCCUGGUGCUCAUAAGCCCUGCCUUCAAGAGGAAAGUGGGCAUGGAGUACCCUGAUGAAGUUGAGCAAGUUGACCUCACUCCAACACUGGCCCUGUCUCUGGGCCUGCCCAUAUCUCAAAAUAGUGUGGGCCGUGUCAUUCAGAGUGUAUUUGAUGAAACAUCACUUCGAGACCAGCUGCGCUUUUUGCAUCUCAAUGGACACCAGCUAAACUGCCUGCUCAAGGACAGCAUUCCAGACUAUAUGAGAGAGGCAGGAUUUGAACAAUACCGUGUGGCAGAAAAGGCACACGGAAGCUGGAUGAAGCGCUACCUGGAGGGGAACACAUCAGAGGUCUUGACCAACAUGGGCAAGAAGCUCCUGAAACAGUACUUGGAGGCACUGUCUGCCAUGAGCUCAGCCCUCAGCAAAGAGCUGGGCAAGUACGACGUUUACUCCAUGAUUGCUGGAAUGGUCUUUGUAUUUCAGCUGCUCUUGGUCUUAUUGUUGGCCAUGCCUGAAGCACUGAGUAGCUCAGCAUCCGUGGACCUCCCAGUCAUCUCGGCACUGCUCUCGUUGCCUUUUUACCUCUUGUGCCUACUGCUUGCGUCUGUGCAUGUGCUGGUGUGCACAUCUACUGAGAGCUCAUGCUUCUUCUGCAGCCUCUCCUGGGGUCUUGUGUUUGCUGCUAUCACCUUCUCUUCAGCCAUGUCUUGUUUGCUGCUCUCGAUGAUGGCAAGACGAAUUCCCUUGGGACCAAAGUUAUACGGGAAGUCACCAUUGAAAAGCAGUAGCAGUGAAUGGUCGCUGUCAGAGUUGGAUGCGUUGCUGCUGGUGGGCACAGCUGGUCACACCCUCAGUUUGGCAUCCAGCAGCUUCAUAGAGGAGGAGCAUCAAACUUGGUACUUCCUGCUCAACACCCUCUGCAUCGUAGUCUUCCAGGAUGUGUGUUGCAAGUACUUCAGAGAAAAGAGCGGCCCGGGUGGUGAAGAAGAGCAUAUCCUUCCUUAUAAAGACUUCCAUAAAGAAGAUAUGUACUUCAAAGAGAAGACCAACCCGGGAGAUCAGGAAGAGCAUGUCCCUCCUUACAAAGACUACCAUAAGGAAGAGAUCUACUCUGAGAAGUGGUUAGCUUUAGCUACACCGCCCUUCGUUUUGCUCUGCUGUCGACUGCUGCGCUAUCUCAACCAGACAGGUGUCCAGUGGGCUCAUCUUCCUGAUCUGGGCCAUUGGCUUAACAGCUCCGAGCACAAAGUGGUCCUGUCUCUGCUGUCCGCUUUCUCUUUGGUUCUCAUCUACUUCCUGAUUCAAAGACGGUGCUCGUUGGUGUCCAAGUUUGCCCUUGCACUUGGACUUUUGGGGGUCUACAGCUACCGGGCAGCUGUCGGCAAUGUCUUGUUUCCCUGGCAACACUCCGGUCGGACGAUGUCCAAGGGCACCGUUGAAGCACGCUUUGUAUACGUGUUUGUUUUGGGUAUCCUCUUCACGGGUACAAAGGACCUGUUGCGAUCCCAAAUCAUCGCACCUGAUGCCAAAUUGAAGAACAGGGGGCUGUGGGAGAUUUACAGUGGCCUGGUCUUGUUAAUUUCCCUGUUGUUUCGUGCCCACAACCUGCCAGUGUUGUGCUGUUGUCUGCUCAUCCAAACACUUAUGGCUCAGUUCAUCUGGAGGAAGCUUCAUUAUGAUGCAGCCCAGACCACCAUUAUGCACUUCUGGUUUGGUCAGGCCUUCUUUUACUUUCAGGGUAAUUCCAACAACAUUUCAACAGUCGACAUCUCAGUGUGGUUUGUUGGUUUAGAUAACUUCGUUGAAGCUCCCGCCAUCUUCUUAACAGCCGUCAGUACAUAUGCCGGGCCACUGCUUUGGGCUUGCCACCUUGUCUGUUACCUCAGCUCAGAGAGAAACAGGAGUCCUGUUGCAGUCGGUCACGGUUGUUACUGUUUGGCCGUGCUGAGGUCGGUGCCGGCUGCGGCCUACAUAGUUCUGGUGACCGUCCUGCGCUACCAUCUCUUCAUUUGGAGCGUUUUCUCUCCCAAAUUACUCUACGAGGCCAUGCACCUCCUGCUCACGGCCGCUGUCUGUCUCAUCUUCAACACUGUGGAGCAAAGCCACACCACUGCUGCAUCGUAGCCCAUUUUCUUGGCAAAUCUCAGGGACUCCCAGGAAGAAGGCCGCUCAACAGUACUGGACAGUAAUUGUUUUGCUCCUUCAGACCUGUGAAUCCAGCUUUAUAUUUGAGAGGAAGUACAGGAAAAUACAGUACUUACAUGAAAGUUAUAGUACGUCACCAUGACUCCUUUUUUCACCCACCGUUGUUAUAAAUAUAAUCAUUCAGCGUAUUUGUGUUCCUAUUGGUCAGUGGUGAGGAAGUGCACCAUUUGAAAGGGUUGUGGAAAUUAGCAAAAUCUAAAAUGGUCUAAACAGCUAUACAUUUAUGUUUGAUAUACCUGUCUGGAGAAAAAAAAAAUUGAACUAAGGCUACAGGGUUAACUUUUAAAGCGCACAAGGACCAGUCACAACAUGAUCACUGAUUGCGCUGUCAAAUGUAAAUUGAAAUGCUCCGCUUUGAACCAAUCAGAGAACUAUUUGUGUGGUGUACGGUAGCACUGGAUCACAUGAAGAGCUUUGAAAACAUUUUGAUUUUCCAAUGUACUUCAAUGAGUUGAACAAAGUUAGAAAAGGCUUUUAGUAUGCUGUCGUCAGCCCAACUGCAUAAUUGACAAAGCCAUAUUUAACUUACGGGAUGAUUGAUGUCAACAAUAAUGGAAAAAAAAAAGUUUUUUUUUUUUUCCAUCCAGGUCCUAGUACUCGUCAAAUGUUGAAUCGCAGCAACCUGACUCUUCUGGUUGAUUUUUUUUUUUUUUUUUUUUUUUCAUUUCCUGAAGCAAUUAUGCUGUUAAGAUGAUAUAAAAUUUCUCAAGAAUGUCACUGAUUAAUUGGGCAGCAUUUUCCCGAGGGCUUCACCAGGGGCUCCUUAAAAAGUAUGGCUUAAUGGUUUUGUUUGUUGUGAUAGGUAAGAGCAGUUCUUGAUAACAUUUUUUGAUAUUUGCAAGCUAGCGAUGGCUUGAAUUUGAAAUGUAAAGUGAAAUAGGAUUUGAAUUUGAAAUUCCACAGAAAACAGGAUUUGAAUUUAAAAUGUAAAGUGAUCACAUUUUCAAUAGUUGCUACAAUUCGCUGUCUCAAAUUCAUAGUCUGUGCCACCAGGCGGAACAGCCAGCCAAUCGCAAUUACGCUUUCUUCGUAACGUGACGUCACAUACUAAGAAAGUGUAACUGGUUUGGCUGGGUGCUUGGUUCUGACCUUAAGUAACCUUGCCUGGUGGCACAGACUGUGGAUUUUAGACAGCGAAUUGUAGCCAGUUGAAUUGUUAACAUUGAGAAGUUACACUGAAAUACAACUAUUGAAAAUGUGAUCCCUUUACAUUUCAAAUUUAGAUCCUGUUUUCUGUGGCAUUUCAAAUUCUAAUCCUAUUUCACUUUACAUUUCAAUUUCAAAUCCCGGUGGCACUAAUCUACUUCCAUAGGAAACUCUUUUGAGAGAUUAACAUCCACACAGGCUCCCGCUGGCCGGUGAUGCUUGUCUGCAUUUCACUCCAGUGGACAGCGUCGUUGACACCAGCACCCAACCGACUUCCUGCUCACCCACUUUCUGUAGAUAGUUUUCAACUGUUGUUGCACACCUUCCGGUUUAGAAAAUGGGUGCCAUUUUGGACGAAUUCGAGUCAACAAACCGUAACUAACCACAAAUCAGUUCAUGUAUGAAUGGGUGCGCACUCCUAUGUUAUCGGUUACUCAAACGAAAGUGGGCGUUGUAAAGCGUCUUUCUUUCACCCGCCAGCUAUGAUCGAGAACCAGUGCGAGAAAACUAAGCAGUUAUCAACCAAAUGGCGACAACUGUGUCUGUCUUAUAUCAGCAGAGCAGAUCUAACAGCCAAAUCAUUCCCUUAUGUCAGAGUUUGCUCAGAGCAUUUUGUUCUUGAUAGGUAUUGGAUACCUUUUAGAAUUUCACACCUACUUAGCAAUAAGUUCUGUGAAAGAGAAGUAUUCUUUAGGGCCAAGGGCGGACAUAAUACUCGUGUGUGAAUGCAAUGCACGUCUCUCAAAAUCUACUCACGAAAGCAACUAAAACUUCCUCCUCAGAGUCCUCUAGAAUGAAUCCAUCUUAAUCUUUAUUUCAUUGUUUCACAUAUUCGGUUUGCACUUGCUUUUCUCAUCCCUCCCCCCAAAGCGAUCGUUAUGAGCACGUUUGCAAAAAUGAAAAUAAUAAUCUACACCUCUUUCGUUGGUAUAAUCAACAUAAUUUAACAACACUGACUGUAAUCACGGAAAUGAAUACUUUCAAUACCAUUCACUCAGAAAUGAAGUCGCCUCAGCAUACAUAUUUAAAUUGCAUUGUGUGGUACACUAACCUUAGCAUUGUGGUGACACAGGUUGCUUACAAUGGAGACUGCCGCAUCAAGAACCUAGCUAUUGAUGAAUUGGUUGUAAGCCUCCAGACCAUUGUAAUUCUUCAGUUGGUCCAUGGUAUAAGCGCUUGUUGGGAAGAGGAGAUAGUUGACAAUGUCUGGAUAGGUUACCGACGCCCACAUUUGGGUCCUCCAUUUGUGUUCAAGGCAUAUGGGUCGACAUUGUCAAUCAAAGUAGACUUCUUGUCGAAACGGUUUCUUGAAACAUCUAAUGAGGCCCAAUAACUUUCCAAAAUCUUUUGAGCCAUCAUGCGUCACUUUUAAGUCGUACGAACAUUUGCGUAACUCCUGUCUGUAUACAAAAGGGAUAGAGUGAACAGUAGUCAACCCAUCCAACAUAGCCGCGUGCCCAGAUGAGGUCACGUGGUCGAAAACUAUCUAUUCUGUUUUUUUCAUCUUAAGUGUAAAGCGUCUUUGAGUGUUUUGAGAAGCACUGUAUAGGUUUUUUUUGUAUGCAGUAGAAUCUCAGAAUUCAAACGUCUCUGGCGGUACCCAAAAAAUAUGCAGAAAAAAAGGCCUCGGUUUUCGACCCAAUUUUGUCUUCGAACAUUGAGCGAAGCUAAACAAAUGUUAACCGUGUAGCCGACUUGAGCUGAGCGAUCGUGAAAUCACACGGGGCAAUGCCGAGAUGAGCCGCUGCCCACUUCGAGUCAAGCAGUCACUCAUACUCAAGCCAGUGCAGCAUGCACCUGAGCAAGUGCUUCUCAAGAUUUUUUUAUUUUUCAAGUAUUUUAUUUGCCAUGAGCUCAAGGAAAGAGAUCAGUACUUCCAUCAGCGAAGGAAAAAGGAAAGUUGUGUGAAUCACAGUGUGUUUAAGGAAGGAGAUAAUCGCUAAGUACAAAAAUGGGGUAAAAUGUUUGUUACGGCUCUAGCGACCAUCAUAUGGCUAUGUCGACUAUUCCUAUCAUCGAAAGAAUAGGAAUGUAAUAAAAGGCAGGUUGGUGUUGCCAAAGGAGUGACUGCCAUUACAAAGUAAAAGCCACGGAUAAUGGAAGAAAUGGAGAAGCGACUGGAGAAUUAGGCGCAGUCAAAUCAUGGAAGGCGACUUCGGUGUAACACUUCCUCCUUCCCUAUUAAGUCCCUUCGAUGCCAUCGCACCGCCACCAGAAAGGUAAAUUAUAACGGUUUAAAUGUAUGCAUUUUUGAUUUGUUUAAAUGCAGUUUGUACAUGUUUUUGUCAUUUUUAUUGUUUUGAUCCCAUUUUAAAUAUUUUAUCUUUGUUUUCAAAUAAUUCUACUUACAUAAAUAGGAAUUAAAAUGGGAAUUUACUAUUUGAAGAUUGGAACGGAUUAAACUCAUUUACUUUAUUUCCUAUGGGAAAAUGUUUCGUUAGUUGAACAACUCAGACUUUGAACACUUCAAAAGAGCAAAUUAUGUUCAAACUGAGGUUCCACUGUACUAUAUAAUUUUAGCUCUAUACGCACGAUCAAACUAAUUGGGAAAAAAUGUAUCAUGUUCUUCAUAAAACUAGUUUGAAGGUAUUGAUUUAUUUAUUUUUUUUAUUCUUAUUGGUUGUCGUUUUCUGAAUUGUAGAACUCCACUGCGCCAAAUGAAGUGCAAGUAAACUUUUUUCUAAUUAUCUUUUUUUUUUUCCCCCUGAAAUUCUUUGUAAGAGCAUACAACUAUUUCAUGACAAAUAGUCCUCAUGUUCUGGUUUGUUAAUGUGAUUGUUGUUGUGGUAAUUACGAAACCUACUGUGUUAGCAUGUAUGUGAGCUCUGGUGAGUCUCCUUAAUUUGAAUUAUCUGUAUUUUUGUCAGUUCUGUCAAGUUCUGAGGCAAAUGUCACACUAGCAUUGCCAGGUGUGUUUUUAUGAAAAUAUUUUCUUACCGGGUGAUGCAUUAUGUGCUUCGAUAAGAAUAAAUAAAAAAAAUGAUCUUUCAUCAA